CGCCGCGCUGCCGCCAUGCUCUCCGGGGCACCGCCGCCGCCCGCCGGCUUCCCCAGCCCUCCGCCGCCGCAGCCUCCUCCGCCGCCGCCGCCCGCCGCUCCCCAGCACGGGCCAACGCCGUUCCCGGUGAAGGGCGGCCUGCUGAUCCGGAAGAAUGCCAUCACGGACGACUACAAGGUCACCACGCAAGUGCUGGGGCUGGGCAUCAACGGGAAAGUUUUGGAGAUCUUCAGUAAGAAGAGCGGCGAGAAGUUCGCUCUCAAGAUGCUGCAGGACUGCCCGAAGGCCCGACGGGAAGUGGAGCUGCACUGGCGAGCGUCGCAAUGCGCACACAUCGUCCGCAUCAUGGAUGUCUAUGAGAACCUCUACCAGGGGAGGAAGUGUCUGCUCAUCGUCAUGGAGUGCUUGGACGGAGGGGAGCUCUUCAGCAGAAUUCAGGACAGGGGAGACCAGGCCUUCACAGAACGGGAGGCUUCAGAGAUAAUGAAGAGCAUUGGGGAAGCCAUCCAGUACCUGCACUCGAUCAACAUUGCGCACCGGGACGUGAAGCCAGAAAACCUCUUGUACACCUCCAAGAGGCCCAAUGCUGUGCUAAAACUCACGGACUUUGGCUUUGCUAAAGAAACCACCACGCACAACUCCUUGGCCACCCCGUGCUACACACCGUACUAUGUGGCCCCGGAGGUGCUGGGCCCAGAGAAGUACGACAAAUCCUGCGACAUGUGGUCCCUUGGAGUCAUCAUGUACAUUCUGCUCUGCGGGUACCCCCCCUUCUACUCCAACCACGGCCUGGCCAUCUCUCCUGGCAUGAAGAAGCGAAUCCGAAUGGGCCAAUACGAGUUCCCCAAUCCUGAGUGGUCCGAAGUGUCGGAGGAAGUUAAGCAGCUGAUCCGUAACCUGCUGAAGACGGACCCGACUCAGCGCAUGACGAUAACAGAGUUCAUGAACCACCCCUGGAUCAUGCAGUCCAUGCAGGUGCCCCAGACCCCAUUGCACACCAGCCGUGUGCUGAAAGAGGAGAAGGAUCUAUGGGAGGAUGUGAAGGAGGAGAUGACGAGCGCGUUGGCCACCAUGCGAGUGGACUACGAGCAGAUCAAGAUCAAGAAGAUCGAGGAUUCCUCCAACCCUUUGCUGAUGAAGAGGCGGAAGAAAGCGAACCCCACGGAGCCUGCUGCGCUGCCCCACUGAGGGUGCCCCGCGCCCGCCCGCCCUCCACAAAGCAAUAACUAUAUAUAUAUAUUUUUUAAGGAAAACACAAAAAAGACUGUUCUAUGAGCGCAUGGAAUUCAGACCUUUGUACCAGACUAGUUAUUUUUAGCUACUCACCUGUGUUUCUGACCUUCCUGGUAAGAUUCCCCCCACCUAAAUCAGAUCCACACACUGCGGCCAAGGGUUUGUCCUAUGGGUGAAAUCCGGCUGGUAAUUGGAGUUUAUCUUCUGUUGUGAAACGGUUUUAAUGCUGAUUUCCUUUCUGUUCCUUCCUCUCCAAAGCCCUGACAGUUCCUGUGGUGACCUUUUUAGGGUAUAGAACUAUAAAUAUUUUUUAAGAACUACUGUAGAGCUGAAAGGCAGUGUGGUCCCUGUGUGGAUGCUGGCUCGAGAUGGGCUCCGGGCUUGGGAAUGGGAUGGGGAAGGAGAGCUGCCUUCUCCCCCAUCCUGCUGUGUGUGGCAGGGCUGGCAUGGGGGGGUCCCCAUGGCCACCGUGCUGCUUUGCUGGCCUGGAAAACUGCUGCUUUUAAAGCAUGGUAGCCAAAAAUCCCCCAGCUUCCUGACCUGGGAGCCCUGACUCCGUGAGUGCUGUCCGUGUCUGUCUGUCUGUGCUGGGGUGUGUGUUGUGGAGCUGCUGCUGGCCCCCACGUCUGUACCUGUGCCUGGAAUCCAGUUCUGACCUCAGGGGUGGGCAGGGGGGGUGAGCAGGAGGUGAAUGCCCCCCACGCAUCCCCCCCUUGCUCUGCAGGGAUGUGGGGUAAAGAUGCUUCCUGGCCACAUCUGCCUGCUCCCGCAUCCCCCAGCUGUGGGAUGAUGCUGGGCUGGGAUACGUGGAUGGCUUGGAGAGGUGGUGGAGGCAAUGCGGGGCCAUAGCCUGAGCUGGGGCAGCAGCAGUGCCCCAUCCCUGGCUGGGGCUGGGGGUCCUGCUGCCCCCUUGGCUGUAGCUCCAUCCCUGCCACCAGCUCCCCAGGGCUUUGGGAGCGAUGCUCUGCUCCCGGGAGCAGGAUGGCUGCUCGGGAGUCUUUAAUCCAUGAGUUCUUCUUAUUAUAAUUAUUAUUUGUCAUGAUGUUUCACUGCAUUCAAUGUGUUUGAAUGGGGAAAAACCAAAAACCAAACUUUUUUAAGGCAAUGUUUUAGGUUUUAGGUGAUCUUUUAGACACUGUACGGAUUUGGAAUUUGCUUUAAAAACUGGGUUUUAUCUUUUUUUUUUAUUUUAUUUUUUCUUUCUUUUUGUCUGUUGGCUAUACUAAUCUUUCCAGUCUGCUCUUCAGCCCUUUGGAUUAAAGACACUUAAUGCGUCA